AUGGCUGUCCUUCCUGUAGCCCACGGAAACCUGUGUUUUAUGCUUUAUCAAAUGGCAGACAAUGACUUGGAAUUUUACAUUCGUCAAGAUCUGGAAGAAUAUAACAAUUCUCCAAUGAUUCAAGACAUUACCACCAACACCUGGGUGUACUUUGAUCAUCGAAACUUUGACACGACUCCGGUGGAGGAAGAGAUUGCUGAAAACCUCCCCUUUGUCUACGACAGUCAAGGAAAUUCGUUGAGCAGUGCCAAACCAGAUGGCUCCUUUUAUUAUCGUUACGAUCAUGCUCUUGGGCUUUUAGUGGUCGAUUCCGAUCUGGGAGAACUCAACUCGGAUGUUCCCCAAACCGUUUAUGACUUUGCCACCAAAGCUCUGGCCGACUGCAAGGCAUCUGGUUCUACGGAAUACUUUAUUGCCUUUUCGUCUCACGGAACUGGCUUUGAAGGGUUUGGAGGGGAUGAGAAUACGAGACGACGAAAACUAGAAGGUGUCCAAACCAACAAUGACAUUGUAUCGGCACUUCAAAUGGCCCUAGAUGACAAUGGAAUUGACAAGUUUGAUGUGAUUGGAUUUGAUGCUUGUCUCAUGAUGGCAUAUGGUGCUCUCGAUGAUUACACGUCGAUAUCAAGGUAUUUUAUUGCUAGUGAAGAAGUGGAACCAGGACACGGAUGGUCAUACUCUAGUUUGACAGCGCAACCAGCGUUGGAUACGGCACAAUCCAUUGUCAACAGCUAUAUCAACGACAUGCAAGGCGAUGAGCACCAAACACCAAAGACAUUGGCCAUUGCAGACAUGGUCAAGUACGAAGCUUUUUCGGCAGCAUGGAAUAGUAUUUCAAAAGAAAUCAAGGACUUGAUGGGGUCCAAUGAUGCGGAAGUGGGAAUUGCCUUUAGCCGUGCUCGCGCCACUGUCUACAAUUUUGCUAGCUCCUAUGACGAGGAUGAUGCCAAGGAUAAGGCAGCUGUGGACAUGUUCGGUCUGAUCACUGCUUUUGAACGACUGUGCCGACCUAAUUCAGGAAGUAAUGUUGCCACACUUUUGAGCAACGUCAAGAUUGCCUACGCGGACAUGUUUGUAGACCGACAAACUGGACCCAAUACCCCAACGUCCUUGACGGGAAUGCACGUUUUCUUUCCCAGUCGGGCUCGGUACUCUUCCAUGGACUUUGAUUGGGACCAGCUUUUGUUCAACGACGCUGUCACCGCAACUACCUCUGCCCCUGAAUGGCUGAAUCUUAUGAAGGCAUAUUACUCGUUUUCUACUCCUGCAGCUGGUGGAAGUACCGUCUGUGGCACUUCGACUGGAACCACUGAUACUCCUUCUGGUUCUGCCUUACUGAUAGAUUCCACACUGUCUGGCUCUCCGGCUAGCGGAAUGGACUACAAGGCUACCGUUGCUCGCUCGGUGGAUACAAUCUUUGUCGAAUACGGUAUGAACUUGACACCACUGUUAAGUGCAAGGAGACGCAAUCGUCGUUUGGGACGAGACGGUGUUGUUGGUCGCCACCAUCAAACCCAGCAUGCGGAACAUCCUAGAUACAUGGCACGCCGUGCAAACCGAAAUCGUAAGCUACAAACUUCGGACGAUUUCGUUUACUUCUUUUCUGGAGACAUUGUUGGCUCUUUCUCUGGCUCCGAAUACUUUGCCAACUGGGAUGGUAGCUUCUUUGCAGUCGGCAAUUCUGCCGACGGGUAUAAGGACAUUUAUGUCUUUGACUAUGGAGAAGGAUUGAAGGAAUUCCCUGUCAUGUACUUCCCCCCCAGCAAACCAGUCACGGGAGACGAUGUCGUUGCUAUGAACACCUAUGCUGAUGCCGAAGCGGCAGGCGCUACCUAUGGAUAUGUGUCUUUCAGCGAAAAUAACUUGGUCAAUGGAAGGAUUACCGCUGGUAUUGGACUGUACACCGUCUCUGUUAGUGGUGAUACCUUCAGCGAGCUUCCUCGUUCCCGAGGAGGCCAAAUUGUGCCUAUCAAUUUUGUGGACGCCUCGUUGGAUGGAGAAGACUACGAGUACUUUCUUGGCGGAUUCUUUGGCGACAACAUCAUCGAAUGGAAUGCAAACUCGGUAGUUGAAAUUAAUUUGAUCCGUGGCCUCGAUUACAAGAACCAACAACAAGGUGAAUCCUUCACUUUUGAUGUUGUUGCAACCGACGAUGACACUGGCACUACCACUGUUGUCUUGUUUGAAGUGGACGACGAUGGGACAAUUCUUGACAACUCGACUUUUACAGAGGAAGGUAAUGCUAAUACUGGCGGCGGUAGCGGCGGCGGUGGUGGCGGCUCAGGCUCAGGCUCUGGUGCUCGUCACCUUGGUGUCACACUCGCCGCCUCUUUUGUCGGUUUGCUGAUUGCUCUAUUGUAA